AUCAAUUCUUAAAUAUUGUGGCAAAAGGGUCGGCACAUUGUUUUUGUAAUGUUUUUUUUUUGGAUUAAACGGUGUCUAUAAAUGAAUUGAGACAAAGGUAUAUUGAGAUACUAAAUGUUUACAGUUUUGCACUCAUAUAAAAGUAGUAUUUCACUGUCUUUCGUUAUAAGAUUUAGAAGCUGUACUGCCAAAACUAUGCAAGUUUUCACACAGAACCGUAACCCCAUUACGGGAAGUACUGAUUGGGAAUUGCAGCCUGAAAAUUAUGAUUAUCAUCAGGAAAUAGCGCGUUCAGGGUUUGCUGAUAUGCUACACGAUAAAGAAAGAAAUCAAAAGUAUUAUAGAGCAUUAAGGUUGGCUAUUAAAAAAAUGCAUAAUGAUGGAAAAAAAGCUAAUGUUUUGGAUAUUGGCACAGGGACAGGUCUUCUUUCUAUAAUGGCAGCAAAAUGCGGUGCUGACUCUAUUGUCGCGUGUGAAGCAUUCAAACCAAUGGCAGAGUGCUGCAUUAAGAUAUUGCAGCGUAAUAAUGUUGCUGACAAAAUUACUGUCAUACCGAAACGCUCAACUGAUAUUGUUGUUGGUGAGAACGGAGAUAUGAAAGAAAAGGCAAAUAUUUUAGUCACAGAAGUCUUUGAUACUGAAUUGAUUGGUGAAGGUGCUCUUGCAACAUUUACCCAUGCACACAAGUAUCUUUUAGAGGAAGAUUGUAUAGUAGUGCCAGAUUCAGCUGUGAUUUAUGCACAAGUUGUUGAAUGUCCCACAAUGCAGAAAUGGAAUAAAUUAAAUGAUUUAGCCGAUGAAGAUUUAGAUAUUAUCUUGAGGACACCUCAAAAGAUGAAAGACUGUGCAGGUUCAGCUGCGGUACAUGAUGUACAACUAUCUCAGCUACCUCGUAAAGCGUUUCGUGAACUAUCGGAACAGAUACCAGUGUUCUACUAUGACUGGUCUGGUAAAAGUCCCAUCGAUCUCAAGAAGACUGUCAAACAAGAGUUUACAGUAACUAAUACAGGGAAAGCACAGAUGGUGUUUAUGUGGUGGGAACUUAAUAUGGAUACAGAAGAUCGAAAAGUAGUUAAAAUCAAGCCCAAACUGAAACAAAAGAAUUUACGAUAUCCCACUAAAUUGUUUCCACGGCAACCGAUACCGACUCCUACGAGCAAGGCCGAUACAUCAAUAGUAAUCAGGCGUAAAAUAGUAUUAAGUUGUGCACCCUGGUGGUGUCAUCCUGAUGCAGAUUUAUCUUCGGAAAGACCACAGGAUACAAUACCCUGGAGAGAUCACUGGAUGCAAGCAAUCUACUACCUCCCACAGGAACUAACCGUACAUAAAGACACCGAACUCACUCUCAUCUCAUGUCAAGACGAAUACUCCCUCUGGUUCUACUUAGAAGACCAAAAGACCAGAUACAAAAAUUACCAAAGACCGGUGUGUGAAUGCGGAGUCCAUAUGGCAUUGUCAAGAACACAUGUAUCAUAUUUAAAUGAUGGUAAAAGAAGUAAGAAACUUCUAGCACGACUUAAAGAAGAAUUGGUCAGAGAUGCUAUCGUUCUAGAUCUGAAUGGUAGCACUUUGUUAGGUCUGGCAGCGGCUAAACUUGGCGCGAAGCAUGUUUUUAUUUUAGAAGAUAAUAAAUUUAAUAUCGGAAUUCUACAUGACUAUAUGAAAGAGAAUUUUCUAGAAAAUGUAACGAUUGUUGGGGAAGUUAGUGAUCAUAUAUUGAAAGAGGUUACAAAUGUAACAUGUGAUCCUAAUUUUAGUAACACAAUAAGUCCUUGGGAGAAUCUCAAAAUUGCUUACCUUUUACACCAGUAUAGAGGUAAAUUACGAGAUACAAUCUCAAUAAUACCUGAAGGCUGUGAGUUCUGGGCGAUGCCGGUCGAGUUUUUGGAUUUGCACAAGAUUAGAGUACCUUUAGAGGUCUGUGAAGGAAUUGAUAUGACUAUCUUUGAUCAACUUGUUGAGAGUUCCCGUAUACUAAGCGAUGUGGACAUCGAGGCGCAGCCCCUGUGGGAGUACCCGAGCAAUUGCCGCGGCUUGCCGCGCAAACUACUUACCGUCGACUUCCAAAAUCUCAAGAUGAAACUCGCCACUGAUGGUGUUAAUAGCUUCACGGAUGUGGAGACAGAAGAACGUCAGCGGAUAAACGGGUUUGUGUUAUGGACGUGUUGGUCUGUGGGCGGCAAGACGCUCAGCUGCGGGCCCACGGAGCGGCCGGCGGUGGGCGCGCGCCUGGAGUGGGACCCGCACACGCGACAGGGUGUUAAGAUACUCAAAUACCCGCGUGAAGUGAGCGGCGAUGACAAAUGGAACUAUCAAAUAGUCGCUGAAUUGAACAAAGGAUUAUUCAAUAUUACUAUAGAUUUGGAAAAUUAAUUUGUCGACAUAUUUAUAAAACAUUAAUUGAUUUAUUUUAUUGCAUU